AUGUCCCUGGAUGGGCCUGAUGACUCCCCUAGGCAGAGUCCUCAGAGACCACACCCUAUUAUCUCCAGAUUGAAUGCCUGGGAGCAGGGCCUGAAGAUGCUCAGGAGUGGCUGGGAGAUCUAUCAGGACAAGAGGAAAAGCGCGCCGUCCGUCCGCAUGCCGCACCUCGCUCGUGCGUCAGUGCUCGCGCCCAAGCCUCGCCUCGCCUCGCCUCGCCUCGCCUCCUCCUCCGCAGGGCCGGACCGAAAGUGCUUGAAGCGGCGGGGAGCAGUGCUGGAGCGGGUCGGAGCCGGGCACGUGAGGACACCCGCGCCUCCCGCCUCCGUGGAUCAUGGACUCGGGCAGCGGCCGGCUGGAGAGUGGCGGCGGCGGCGGGGGCCGGGGCCUUUGGCCCGGCGGUGCCUGGCUGCUAGUAACGAUUGCCGUUUCCGGCCCAAGCACUACGGCAUCUCCUGCCCCAUCAGCGUGGCGGCCCCCCGCGACAACGACUGCAUCCUCACCCAGAAGCUGAUUGAAACCCUGACGCCUUUCGGGGUGUUCGAGGAGGAAGAGGAGCUGCAGCGCCGGACUCUGAUUUUGGAGAAGCUGAAUGCCCUGGUCAAGGAAUGGAUCCGAGAGAUCAGCGAGAGCAAGAGCCUGCCGCAGGCGGUUUUGGAAAACGUGGGUGGGAAGAUCUUCACCUUCGGUCGCUACCGGUUAGGGGUCCACACCAAGGGGCCGGACAUCGAUGCUCUGUGCGUGGCACCCCGCCACGUGGACCGGGAGCGACUUUUCACCUCCUUCUAAUGAGAAGCUGAGCUGCACCACGAAGUGAGGGACCUCCGGGCCGUGGAGGAGGCCUUUGUGCCGGUGAUCAAACUCUGCUUCGAUGGCAUCGAGAUCGACAUCCUGUUCGCCAGGCUGGCCCUGCAGACAAUCCCAGAAGACCUGGACCUGAGAGACGACAGCCUGCUGAAGAACCUAGACAUCAGGUGCAUCAGAAGCCUGAACGGCUGCCGUGUGACCGACGAGAUCCUGCACCUCGUUCCCAACAUUGAAAACUUUCGGCUUACUCUGCGCGCCAUCAAACUGUGGGCCAAGUGCCACAAUAUCUACUCCAACAUCUUGGGCUUCUUGGGAGGCGUUUCCUGGGCCAUGCUGGUGGCAAGAACCUGCCAGCUCUACCCUAAUGCCGUGGCCUCCACGCUGGUUCGCAAAUUUUUCCUGGUGUUCUCCGAGUGGGAGUGGCCAAACCCGGUGCUGCUGAAAGAGCCUGAAGAACGCAACCUCAACCUGCCGGUGUGGGACCCCCGGGUAAACCCCAGUGACAGGUACCAUCUCAUGCCCAUCAUCACGCCAGCCUACCCCCAGCAGAACUCCACGUACAACGUGUCUGUCUCCACGCGGAUGAUCAUGAUUGAGGAGUUUAAGCAAGGACUUGCCAUCACCCACGAGAUCUUGCUGUGUAAGGCCGAGUGGUCCAAGCUCUUUGAAGCUCCAAGCUUCUUCCAGAAGUACAAGCACUAUAUUGUCCUUCUAGCCAGUGCCCCAACCGAGAAGCAGCAUUUAGAGUGGGUGGGCUUAGUGGAGUCCAAAAUCCGAAUCCUGGUGGGCAGCUUGGAGAAGAACGAGUUCAUCACGCUGGCGCACGUGAACCCACAGUCGUUCCCAGCUCCCAAAGAAGAAAGUCCCGACAAGGAAGAGUUCCGUACCAUGUGGGUGAUAGGGCUAGUGUUAAAGAAGCCCGAAAACUCAGAAGUCCUCAGUAUUGACCUCACCUAUGAUAUCCAGGCGUUUACAGAUACAGUUUAUAGGCAGGCGAUAAACAGUAAGAUGUUUGAGAUGGACAUGAAAAUCGCCGCGUUGCAUUUGAGAAGAAAGGAACUGCACCAGCUUCUGCCCAAUCAUGUGCUUCCACGGAAGAAAACUCUCACGGGUGGCGUUCACUUGACGGCCCUGGCUGACAGUGACCUCGACCUUCCUGUCACUGGUGAAGACAGCUCGGCAAUAGCCCUCCCUGCCUGUGCCUUGAAGAUGGGGCCUGGGUCUGACAGCCCGCAGGGCAGGAACAGCCCUGCCCCUGCUGUCGCGGUAGCCCCUGUGAACCAGGGCCAAGCUACUGAAGUUGCCUUGCAACAACCAACUAGUCCUAGCGAAAGCUCGGGGGCUGCUACUGGUGAGAACCUACCUCCACUGGCUGCUUACCCAGCGACCAAAUCCACGGUCCCCAUAGUUGUUUCUUCUGCAUGCUUGGUGAACCAUCCACCCAUGUCCGUGGGAAGCGCAGCCACAAGCAUAGGGAACCCGAUAGUAGGUGUAGAGGAGCUCAGUCCAGCUCACAAAGCAACUAUUCAGCCCCCGCCCCCCACUCUUUGGGCCUCGCAGGAGACACCCUCAACUGCAGACCUUUCGAGUGUCCCUGCUUUCCCUGCAAAUCCUAUUCCUGUUAUCAAGAAUUUAAUAAAAGCAGAUUGA